ACCCAAAUUUCCGUUUCUCGUUAUCUCCCCACCCCGACCCCCUUCCAAAACAAACCGAAAGCCGGCGGCUAACGCGACCGAGGAGGCGGAAACGGGUGGAGGAAAAGGGCAAAGUCGCCGCCCCGCCGCCUCCGAUCGGUCGGUGAGCCCGAUGCGCUGUCCCGCUCGACCUCGUCGUGUCCCUCCGCGUUGAUCUCCGCCUCGCGCGACGCCCGACUCGAGAGGAAUUCGCCUUCGGUUUCGCCGGCCGGUAGGUUGGUCGGUUGGGAUUCUUCUCACCAAACAAGAACUCGACACCGGGUCGCCCGCACCUACCAUGUGCUGCUGAGUUCGUUGGGGGCCGUGUGGAGAGCCGCCGUUAAUUGCGCUGCUCCUCCUGGCAGGUAGAUGCGAGGGUUCAGGAGGCGCGGCGUCUCGGCGGCUGCAAUGCAGGACUACUAGGGGCCGGGGCAUCCUGCCCUGCGAGGUGGCCGUGGCUGUAUGAUAGAAACUGAAAUCUUGCGCGGUUGCUUUGUGGAUGCAAAAACCAGUGGGUGCUGGGGGUUGCGCCGUCUCAGCUAGCCGCGGACUUGUCUUGGCCUAGCGGGGAAUUGAUGGAGCACAAGAAAGCUAGAGCAGUGGAGGAUCCUGCCCGGUUGAUUUGCGACGAUGCCCUCACUGAGGUCUUCCGCAGGCUGCCUGCCCGUGCGCUCGCGGCAUGCAGAUUGGUGUGCAAGUCGUGGAUGUCCGUGCUCACAGAUCCACAUUUCAUCCAUGAGCACCUGAGCCGCGGCCAGCAGAAGCUGCUGCUCUUUGCGAACGACCGGGCAAAUGACAGGUCGCUCGCCAUGGUGCUUGCAGACGACAAGUCCAUGUACCAGCUGUCGAGGCCCGCGGCGUCUCGGAGCGUCUUUGUGCACAAUUCUUGCAAUGGCCUGCUGUGCCUAGGCGAUAGCACAGGAGCUGUGGAGGUGCUGAACCCGACGACAGGUGAAUCUUUAAUGUUGCCGAUGCCAAUGUACACGGCAGGGAGCAGCCAGUUCUCAUCCUGUAAUUGGCACUGCUUGGGAUUUUGCCCACAAAAAAGGGAACACAAGGUUGUGCAUUUCUAUCCAGGAGCUCACAUUGAUUCUUUCAAGGUACAAUGUGAGAUAUACACAGUUGGAGCUGGUGUCUGGAGACAAGUUGGGAGCUUUCAUGGGGCUCCGACGGACAGAGGGGUGCAUGUGAAUGGGAUGGUGUACUAUCUGACAAAGUUUCGCUACAUUGCUUCAUCGCGUAUCAACUGCUUGAAUCUUGAGAGUGAAAAAUUUGAUGUGAUGAUGCUUCCCCCGCGCAAAUCUUAUGGAGGCCAUUGCUCUUUGACAGAGCUCGAGGGAAAGUUAUGCUUGUUGAUUGUGGAUGGUGCACUGGAAGGCCCGCCUCGUACAAUGGACAUCCUGAUGCUCAAUAGCCAUGAUAAGCAGGACUGGACUCCCAGAUACCACUUCUCCUUGCCUUGGUUGAUGCCUUCAUGUUAUUUUACUCCGAAACACACGCUCUUCCACGAAGGAAAGAUUUGGGUGCAGUUGUUGGCUAGGAGUCUAUACUGUUUUGACCCAAGUUCAAGUUCAGAAGAACUAACGACAGCCUGGCCAGAGCUUGACUUUUCAUUUAGCACACAUACUUUCAUUGAGAGCAUAGUUCCACUGCGUAAAGACUACUACUUCAAGCAGAUACAAUGACUGACUGACAGUGGUGUUCUGCCCCUUGCUUUCAAGUGUUGAAGGAAAAUCCUUUUGUAGUUUUGGUCAUAUUCGGGCAUAAAGUGACUAAGAAGCUUGAAAAAGGUAUUUCUGAACCACAACUCCACAAGGUAUCUUUUAUGCACCGAACCACAUUAGCUGGUGCUGCUUGCACUAGGAUGUUGAGAACUGCUAGGUUGAUCUAGUUAAAGGUCUGCUUUAGAUUUGUACUCUGAGUCGAUUAUAUCUCUGUCACAUGUUAAUAUCUCUAUUUGUCACGGUCCAAUUCAGCUGUGACGGGCUAUGGAGGUGUUGAACCCAAGACGGGCCAAUUGGACCCAGCGUGAACUUCAGCGCGCUGCACAUCUCACCUAGUAGACUCAUCCCUAUAAAUAUAAGGGGAGAUGUAUCCUUUCAAUUAAACAGAAUAGUUUGGCAUAAAACCCUUUAUUUCUUUGUCUC